UUUCCAAGUGUAUUUGAAGUUGAACACUCCAAAAUAAAAAAGUGACCCUGCUCAUUUAUUCAACACUCUGCACUGACACUGAAUUCUCAGCAUUAUUUCUAUAAAUUAUGUAUGUGAAAAGUGCACAUUAAUUGCAAGACUGAUCCACAAAGGUAUUUGUGCCCCCCAGACUGCAGUGGGAGGACAUGAACUUGAUUGACAUCCUUUGGAGGCAAGAUAUAGACCUUGGGGCAAGGCGUGAAGUUUUUGAUUUUAGUCAACGACAGAAGGAGUAUGAACUCGAGAAACAGAAGAAACUCGAAAAGGAAAGACAAGAGCAGCUCCAAAAAGAGCAGGAGAAAGCCUUACUGGCUCAGCUGGAGUUAGACGAAGAGACAGGUGAAUUUGUUCCUGUUCAGCCAGCUCAGCGCAUUCAGUCAGAAAAUACUGAGCCACCAAUUGGUUUUUCACAGACCACACAGACUUCAAAACCAGAAGCAGAGGCCUUGUCCUUUGAUGACUGCAUGCAGCUCUUGGCAGAAGCAUUCCCAUUUAUAGAUGACGAUGAGACUUCUUCAGCUGCAUUUCAGUCAUUGGUUCCUGCUCAGAUCAAUAGCAACCCAGUCUUCCUUUCUGCUGAUCAAACUCAGCCACCUGAAUCGCCUGUCCUAGUUCCACUUACUGAUGCAGAGAAUAUGCAGAACAUAGAGCAAGUUUGGGAAGAAUUACUGUCUCUUCCAGAGUUACAGUGUCUUAACAUUGAAAAUGAUAACCUGGCUGAGGUAAGCACGAUCACAAGCCCUGAAACCAAGGCAACAGAGAUGCCCAACAGCUAUAAUUACUGCAGCUCAUUACCCAUGAUGAGAAAAGAUAACUGUGGUCCAGAUUUCCUGGAUAGUAUUGAGGGCCCCUUUUCCAGCAUUUUGCCACCAGAAGACACUAGUCAGCUGAGUGUGAACUCUUUAAAUGACAUGUCCCCUUCAAACUCUGAUUUCUGUGAGGAUUUCUACGCCACCUUUAUUGAUACAAAGGCGAAUGGUGACACAGCAACGACACACACUAUCAGUCAAUCACUUGCAGAAAUUCUAAGUGAACCUAUAGAUCUUUCAGAUUUCUCACUGUGUAAAGCUUUUAAUGGCAACCACUCAGGAACCGUACCAGAGUGUAGUGAUUCUGACUCUGGUAUUUCACUGAAUGCAAGUUCUAGUGUAGCAUCACCUGAACACUCUGUUGAAUCAUCUGCCUAUGGAGAUAAGACUUCUGGUUGUAGUGAUUCUGAAAUGGAAGACAUGGACAGUGCUCCUGGCAGCGUGCCGCAGAGCAAUGCUACCACGUACUCAUUGCAGUUCCAGGAUCAAGUGUUUUCCUCUGUGGGGCCAAGCACUCAAACACCUAGUUUACAGUGUACAAACACACCAAAGGAAGAACCCCCUGCCAGUCCAGGCCACCCCAAGGCUCCGUUCACAAAAGAUAAACCUUCAAGCCGCCUUGAAGCUCAUCUCACAAGAGAUGAGCAAAGAGCAAAAGCUCUGCAGAUCCCUUUUCCUGUUGAAAAAAUCAUCAAUCUCCCUGUUGAUGACUUCAAUGAAAUGAUGUCUAAGGAGCAGUUCAGUGAAGCCCAGCUUGCGCUUAUUCGAGAUAUACGCAGGAGAGGCAAGAACAAAGUGGCUGCUCAGAAUUGCCGUAAAAGAAAACUGGAAAAUAUAGUGGAACUGGAGCAAGACUUGAGUAACCUAAAAGAUGAGAAAGAGAAAUUGCUUAAGGAAAAAGGAGAGCAUGACAAAAGCCUUCGUCAAAUGAAAAAGCAACUAACCACCUUAUACCUUGAGGUCUUCAGCAUGCUACGUGACGAAGAUGGAAAGUCUUACUCUCCUAGUGAUUAUUCACUGCACCAAACUAGAGAUGGCAAUGUCUUUCUUGUUCCUAGAAGCAAGAAGUCAGAGACUAAACUUUGAAGGGCAGCACAGCUGGCUGCUGUUCUCAGAGUUAUUAUUUUUGUAUCAUUAUCCUGAUAGUUUUUACUGUGAGGUGGAAUGCAGAAUUAGGUAAUGUUUUUCAGGUAAUUCUAUGCAAUGAUAAUUUUAAAGUUAAUAAUUAGUUUAUGGAAGAUUCAAGUUUAAAACUAAUAGUGUAAUGCAGAUGGAUGUAUGCAAAAUUUGUAAUCUCACUUUUAUAACAGACACUUCCAUCUUAUAGCACCACUUUGACUAGUUUCCAUAUAGAUGUAAAUAUUUAAAGAUACCAUAUUUAUAUACUGUUCCUAUCUCUUGUUAUAUUCAUAGAUUUGAUAUAUAUAUAUAUAUAAAAAAAUGAUUUUAGCCUUCUAAAUAUAAUUUCUUGCAAGACAAAUAGUAUGGCUUCUGAUACUUUUUUAUAAAUAUGCAAUAGAGUUUGUUUCCCAUUUUUCUUACACAUUUAUACUUGCUUUAUAUUUAAUAUUAAUUUAAUUUAGUAUAAAAGUUGAUACUUAGUGUUUGAUUUUGCUUUACCAAUUCAUUAAUUUUUUUUUUUUUAACUCUACUUCAUACGCCUUUAUUACCCUAAAGGGAAAUCCUCACUAGUUUUCCAAGGUUAAGUCUUCAUGUAACAAAUAUGCUUCAUAACCAGAGAUGUAUCACUCAGCACCGUCAGCAUUACUAAUGCUUGUUCAGCAUAAUUUUUAACCUGCCAUUUGGAAGGAUUGUGUAACACCAAGUUAAGUUUCAAGUCAGUGCUAAAUUUACAUAAUUUUUGUUUUGCUCUUUGAACACUACUUAAAUUGAUGAUCUUUCUUUCAAAGGCAUUUAAAAUCUGUUAAGACACUGUCAGCAUUAUGCAUUUUUCCAUCUAAAAAUUCUGUACACUUUAGAGUAAUUGUUCUAGAAAUACACUGUGCAUCUCGACUCCAAUUAGCAAGCAUCAUUUGUCACUGCUAUUACUUUGGAGCUUAUGGAAAAAGGCACAGUAGCUGCCAACCAACUGUACUGUUUGGAACCUGCACUCAAUUAAUUGAAAAGCAUUGUGGAUUUUAAAUUAUGAUUUAUAAGAGAAUAAAAAUUUGGCAAACAAAUAGCAUUGUUUUAUUUACUCUUCACAUGGAUCUCUGUACUUGAUCACUGUGGAUUUUUUUCAAUACAAAAAAUACAUAAUUUGUAAUACAUGUUGAUCUGAUGAACAUUAAAAACUUUAUCAUCUUCCCUAUGAAACUUCUAAAAGACAUGUUUAAUCUGAUAUUUUUUUCUGCUACUGAUACUCUAUAUAAUUUUAGGAAAACUAUCUAUUACAAUAUUAUGCAUAAUUUCAUUUAGUAAAAUAAACACCAAGUUGUUUUGCAAAGACCCUAUGGUACAUUUUUUUUAAAUAAAUAAUUUGAGAUAGCAAAAAAGGGCAGAGUAGGACCUGCAAAGAUUGUUUAAUAAUGUUGUAGGAAAAAGGGCUUAAAGAGAGACAGGAGAGUAGGAAAUCAGCCUUCCAUUAGCUCAUUAUUCACAGUUGGAGUAAGACUGAAUGAAAUGAUACAGUGAUUAGUGAAUUCUGUCUUGAGAUUUUUAUAAACCAUGCUGGACUUGCAUACCCAGCAGAAAGCAUCUGCUCUCAUGGCUGGUCAUGAAAGCCAAAGGAAUGAUUUUAGAUUAUCAUAACCCCAAUUCCAUACUAUAUUGCUUUUUAUGGAUCCGAGUAUGCUCAAAAAACCCCAAAGGUACAAAGAGGAAGUACAGAAAGCUGUAGUUCUGAUGAAUAUUAUUCUGUCAGGAUGCUGUGGAAGGUCUCCUGGUUUUGGCUGCUCUGUGCUGUUUGCUGCUUCCAUACAACUCUCCAGUGACUCCAAGCUCUCUCACCUGAACAGUAUUAACUAGGUUGAUUACCUUGGUACAUUUUGGUUUUCCCUGUAUGCACAGAAUUUCAGAAGCUAUUAUCCAGCUAGUCACAGUAGUAUAAAAUGUAACUCUUUGCAAACA